UACCGAUUUCUAUCUAUUUUUUUUUUCUGCAACGAUAAACUGUCCAACAUGGUCCGAAAAAGCCCCUGUCAUUAUUGCAAACAAAGAAGAAGGAAAUGUGAAAAGACAAGUGAAUCUGAACCCUGCAAACGAUGUGUACAAAUGAAAAGAAAGUGCAUUUCGCAAGACCUGGCUCAACUAGCAGGUGACAGUUCAGAAGAAGAAGAUAAAUGUACAGCCGAACUUCAAGACACAAUAGAGAUGGUAUCGAUUUAUCAACAAGUAUUGGAUCUAGAGAAGCAGAUACAGACAAUGGAAGAGGAAAAACAAGCUCUUGUGAAGAAGCAAAGUGAGCCUCAAUGGAUCAUAGAGUAUUCAGAUGGUCAACUUCAACUUAAAUCACAAAUCAAAAGUAUAGACGAGCUUGUAUUGUUUGGACAGUCAGUCAUUCGAUAUCUUUCACCAUUUGGAGAUGCAUUUCACUCAAAGACACUUCGGUUUGAAAUGAUAAAUCCCAGUAUUAUUAAAGAAGCCAUGCAGACUGUGGCAAUACAUAUGAUUAAAUACAAAAAACCAUUGGAAUCAUCACAAUACAUACAGUAUAAUUCAAUACAUUUCAUGCAGCCUAGAGAAGCUAUCCAACGACUUGUGGAUCGAUACUUUUUCUGCUUUAAUGAUACAGUACCCAUUUUGCAUGAACCAUCUUAUCGAGAGCACUAUUCAAAACUAAAAGAUCCGCUUAAAGAUCCCAUCACACUCGCCAUAUGCGCAUCUUCAGCUGUAUCUCAUUGUAGGCAUUCAUUCCUAAGUUCUCAAGAAAAACGCUAUUUGGGAGAAUAUUACUAUAAAUUAUGCAUGGAAUACUUGAUUGAUAUGUUUGAUGAUCCUAGUCAAGCAAUUGAGUCUCUAUUGGUCAUCAAUUUGUUGCAAAUGUUUUGGUUUCUCACUCUGAGAAUAUCUGAAAGCAAGAAAUGGGCCUCCGUUGCUCUUUUGCUAGGCAACAGUCUUCGAAACCAAAACAAGUCAUAUUCUAAAGAUGUGGCCCACUUGGACAGAAUGACUCGUAUCAACCAAGCCACGAUUCACCGAAACUAUACUUUGUCAGAAUUCCUGAUGACAAUGAUUGACUUUAUCAUCUAUGACAAGCGUGAGGACAGGAAUAUCCUUACUGAAAAAUAUGAUGUGCUGCCUGAUGAAUCCCAAAAGAUCAAAGAAUGGAUUGAAUUGACAAACCAUUUGAUAGAAUUAUGCCUGAAUCCUGCAUUUAUUCUAAUAGUCACUCAAGCUAGGCAUUUAGCAUUAGGUGAUCCAGUAGAACUAUCAUUUGAAGACAUUUUACGAUACGAGGAAACAAUUCUUGAAUGGUGGCAUAACUUACCAGAUCAUCUCAAGAUUUGCCAAGAACCAUCGAAUUUCAACAAGGAAAUGAUCCAAUCUUCUUAUGAUGUUCGCAAGCUUAUGAUGGCUUGUUUUAUGAAUGUCAUUACCCUGAGUGUACAAGGUGUCUUUGUACAGCCAAAGCACAAAAAGGAUCUUGAAGAUAUAUACAUGAUUAUUAGAAAUAGAGCAAUCAUGAUGGCCAUGCAUUCAGCUGAUAUGUGUCUCUACUUGACCAAACAGAUUGAAAGCAUUGACAAGUUUUGUUAUUCCCCAAGCAAAGUUCUUAUUCGUGCCAUUGACUCCUUACUGUUACUUCUUCAAGUGCCAGAUAAUGAUAUGGUUGAGGCAGCAAAGGCCAAAUUACGAGAAUAUAUGUACGAAUUAAGUAUAGGUAUUUCUGAGGAUCACCAAGUGUCACCCAUUGGAUCACCUUUCACCAUCCUUUCACUUGCCCCGCCAAACACAGCACCAUCCAUGGCUGACUUGUACAAAAACUACCCUAUACCAGGUGAAGCCAUGAUAUAUGAUGUCCUAAGAACAGUUGUAGAUAGAGGUACUAAUAGUUAAAAUACUAUCAUUUUAUGCAAAAUAAAGACUUCCAUCCUCUUUUUUUAUUAUU